CACAUCAGCAACAGUGCCACGUCAGCAGUGUCCCGCCACCAUGACGGUCUCAGUUCUGGGCAUGCCAGGCCAACUGGCCAAUGAGUCCAUUGCCGAGUACCGACAGCGUUUCGAAGCUCAGCUCGCACUGAUCGAGGCUGAGGAGCAGCGUCAGGCGGCAGCCGAGGCUGCCUGCCUACAAGCUGAAGCGGCGGCAGCAGCUGAAAAGCAGCGGCUUCAGGGCGAAGCAGACGCAGAUACCCAGGCAUGCCGCAAGGAGGCCCACGAAAAGCUCAAAUUCUGGCAUUUUGAACCAUCCGAGCACCACGAAGACGCAACACCGGAAGAGCAGCACAAGGAGUUCCUUGCCAAACUCGCGACCCAGUUGGUUUUCACUUGUAACCACCUGCAGUCCAAGCUGGCGAACCUCCGACGGGCGGUGCGGAACAAGGAUCUACACGAGGAUGCUACACGGGCACUUGAUUCCCGUGUACAGGACUUGGAGCAAGUUGCACCAAGACCAGAUGCUGUACCAACUCCGUUGAUGGACGCCGGAGUAGAGGUUGUCGACCUUCACGACUAUGUUGCGAAGAUCGACCGCGAGUUCAAGACACAACGGUACGACGACAUUGACGCGCCAUUGUUGCACAUACGCAUUCAGGUCGGAGAGGCGACCUGCAGCGCUUUGAUCGAUUGCAGAGCUACUCGCAACUACAUGAGCCAAAACUUUAUGGUACGUGCUGGCCUUGGGCCACGCGUUCGGAGGAAGUCGCAGCCCACGCAAGUCACGUUGGCCGACGGUCACACGCACAAGUCAAUCGAUCGGUGCAUUGAUGCCGUCCCCGUGUACUUUGCCCCGCAUGCAAGCGACGUUGUGUCCUUCGACGUUUUGGACACCAAGUUCGACAUGAUCUUGGGCAUGUCAUGGUUGCGAAGCGAGGAUCACCCGGUGAACUACCGCCGCACCGUUCACGUUUGUGAUCGGAACGGAAUACUAGUCCCAUGCACGGUGCCUCCUCCUCACCCUUCGAUCAGCUGCCACGUGGUGUCCGCCGCAAGCAUUCGAGCUUCCAUCAUCAGGGAUGACAUCGAGGAAAUGGGAGUGUGUUUUCUCCACGCCCUCCCGCCCCAUGACAUUCCAUCGACGGACUCAUCACCGGACCCACGCAUCACCGAGCUUCUCGACGCCUACAGCGACGUGUUCGAAGCCCCGCACAGAGUAGUACUGGAUCGGCCCAUCCGCCACGAGAUCAUCCUCGAGGCCGGGGUCGUACCGUCGCGUGGUUGCAUCUACCGCAUGAGCGAGGAAGAGUUAAGUGUGCUACGGGCACAACUCGACGACCUUCUCGAGAAAGGCUAGAUUCGGCCUAGCUCUUCGCCAUACGGUGCUCCCGUUC